AUGUUCUCUGGCGCAUUGAAUUAUAUGAAGAGCUUUGUUGCUCCGACAAACUUACAGGUGGAGGAGAGUGGAGCAGAGACAAAGGCUGAAGCACCAGUAGCUGACCAAGAGCAACGUGAUGGUUUGUUCAAACAAUUGGCCAAUCACAUUGGUAAGGAUGUCACAUCGAUGAUAUCCCUGCCAGUCUGGGUGUUUGAGCCAGUGUCCUUCCUUCAAGUGAUGGCCGAGCCACUCCAAUACAGUUCACUUCUCGACAAGGCUGCCAACGACGCUAACCCCUACCAUCGACUAGCCUACAUCGCCGCUUUUAACUGUGGACUCUACAGUACUGCCGUCAGGACAAAGAAACCAUUCAAUCCUAUACUUGGUGAGACAUUUGAGGUUGUGAAGGAAGGUGACUUCAAAUUGAUUGCUGAGCAGGUGAGCCAUCAUCCACCUAUUGGUGUGUCUGAGACUACCACUCAGUCGUACACGUUGCAGUUGGAGACUGAGUUGAAGUCCAAGUUCUAUGGCAACUCAUCCGAGGUUGAGAUCAAUGGCACCAACCAUUUCAUCAACAAUCAGACUGGUGAGCACUUUUCCUGGGGCCACAUCGUGACGUCGUGCCACAACAUCAUCAUUGGUUACACAUGGCUUGAUCACUACGGUGAGAUAACCAUCAAGAAUCAUACUUCGGGCGCUCGCUGUGUGCUCAAGUUUGCCAAAUCUGGCUGGUUGGGUGCCGGUCGCUACGGAGUCACCGGAGAGAUCUUUGACAGCGAGAAUCAGCUCAAGUACCGUCUGGUUGGCAAGUGGAAUGAGAACCUCAUUCUCCACGAGGUCGUGGCCAAUGGACAGAACGAUCCCAACCCAGUCACACUCUGGGAGGCCGCCAAGGAGACCAUCACCAGCAAGUUCAACUUCCCCAAGUGGGUCGAGGACAAUAUCAUCAACCUCUCACCAGAGUAUGAGAAGAUUUUGCCAGAGACUGACAGUAGAGUGAGAGCUGAUAGGAGAGCACUUGAGGCUGGUGAUAUGGAUAAUGCUGGAAAGCAUAAGCAUACAUUGGAGGAGAAGCAAAGAGCUGAUAAGAAGGCAAGAGCUGCCGAGAACAAGGAGUGGGAGACUAGAUAUUUCACAAAGGUCGACGAUGAGCUCCACACCUACCGCUGGAAGUCCAACAACAAGUAUUGGGAGGAGAGAGAGGCCAGAGUCAAGGCAUCAACAUCCUCAUGA